UGCAACGUCAGAAAUGUGCGACUUGCCGGAUGGAAGCAAGCACAUGAAUAGUUUGACAUUUAUUGUAUUAUUUUCAAACGACAUGUGUGGAACAAUUGCCAUUAACAAUUCUUUUUCUUCUUAUUAAUAAUUCUGGUGUCAAUGCAAGUGGGUUAACGUGUUGAAUUUGUAUUCGCUCCUCCGUUGAACGUCUUAGCUCCAAGCUAAUGCUGUUUGGUCACAGUUGCGUUGACAAGUUGUGUCUCGUUUCGUGCUAACGUCGCUUGUUUUUCUUGCGUCGGGAUGAGUUAUAAGUACGGAGGUGGAGGUGGUGGACGAGGCAGAAGAGGCGGUAGUAGUAGAGGCUUUCGUGAUGGCAGCAGAGAAAGAGCCGGCCGGGGAAGUAGUUUCAGUGGCAGCUUCGACCGGGACAACGACGAUGGUCGCCAUCCAUCCCACUUGAAAGGUCGUGAGAUUGGCUUGUGGUACGCAAGGUACGGAGCCGUGCGGAAGAAACAGGCUGACCGGAGAUCGCGGGCAAUUGUCCAGAUGGAUGAGGCCAGAGAGCAGCACAUUAUUAAGCUGCUCGACUCCGUCCAGAAUGACAAGCCGAGUCUGGAGAGACCAAGUGGAAAUGCGAGAGGUUUUGCGUCGGCGGUCAGCCGGCGUGCACCUCCCAAUAAGAGUGGUCACUGCUAUUUUGAUGGAGACAUGACCGAAGAGGAAAAACAGAAGAUCAAACUUGAGGAAGGCACAACAACACACAAGAAACGUUCCAUUUCACAGGCAGUUGCAAAAGAUGAAAUUCCUGACAGAUGGGAUGAUGGUGAUGAUGAUGAUGCUGCUGAUGAUGAUGCUAAUGCUGAUGCCGAUAAUGAUGCUGAUGAUGAUGCUAAUGCUGAUGGCGAUAAUGAUGCUGAUGAUAUGGUGGAGCUGCAGCAACUGGACGACGAAGAAGAUCGAGAGAAAAUGAGGAGGAAUGACAAAGAUCUGGAGUUCUUACUCCAGGAAAUAGCAAGAGAUGUUUCGCUGGAUGAAUCACUGAAGAGAGAUCUGCAGAGUAAGAAAUCACACCCAAAGUACAAGGAGAUGCUGACUUUCAGAGAAAAGUUGCCAUCCUAUGGGAAGAAAGAGGAGCUGGUGCGGCUGAUCAACUCCAACCAAGUGCUGGUGGUUAGUGGCGAAACAGGCUGCGGAAAAACCACACAGGUGACGCAGUUCAUCCUGGACGACCACAUCAACCGCGGUAUGGGCUCAGUGUGCCGUGUGGUUUGCACACAGCCCCGGCGCAUCAGCGCCAUCUCGGUAGCAGAGCGUGUGGCCGCCGAGAGGGCAGAAAAGGUUGGCAGUGGAAAUUCGUGUGGUUAUCAAAUUCGAUUGCAGAGCCAGUUACCACGGAAACAAGGUUCGGUUCUGUACUGUACCACAGGCAUUAUCCUUCAGUGGCUCCGCUCAGACCCGCUGUUAUCAAGUGUCAGCCACUUGGUUCUGGAUGAGAUCCACGAGAGAAGCCUGCACUCUGACGUGUUACUCACCAUCGUCAAGGACCUGCUUGACGUGCGACAUGACCUCAAGGUCAUCCUGAUGAGUGCCACGCUCAACGCGGAGAAAUUCUCCAAGUACUUCGACAACUGCCCUAUGAUCCACAUCCCAGGCUUGACAUUCCCAGUGGAGGAAUUCCUUCUCGAGGACGUUGUGGAGAUGACAAGGCAUCGUCCCAAGAACCAGGUCCGCCGGCCUGCAUUUAAAAGGGGCUUCUGGCAGGGACACCACUCCAGACCUGAGAAGGAAGAGAAGGAGGCCGAAUACAAAGAGAGCUGGCCUUGUUAUGCUCGCACACUUCAAGCCAGAUACUCUGAAGACACCAUAGCUGCUCUUGAGAUCCUGGAUGGUGAUGACAAAAUUGACUUGGACCUCAUCGUGGCGCUCAUCCGCCAUAUUGUGCUCAACGAAGAGGAAGGAGCCAUCCUGGUCUUCCUGCCUGGCUGGGACAACAUCAGCAGCCUCAAUGACUUGCUGAUGGGACAGCAGAUGUUCAGAUCAGAUCGUUUUGUUAUCAUCCCACUGCACUCGCUCAUGCCGACGGUUAAUCAGACGCAGGUAUUCAAACGGCCUCCAUCUGGUGUGCGAAAGAUUGUGAUUGCUACCAAUAUAGCUGAGACCAGCAUCACCAUAGAUGAUGUUGUUUUUGUAAUCGAUGGAGGAAAGAUCAAAGAAACUAAUUUUGACACAAACAACAACAUCAGCACCAUGACCGCCGAGUGGGUGAGCCUGGCCAACGCCAAGCAGAGGAAAGGGCGCGCAGGCAGAGUGUGUCCAGGAAAGUGCUAUCAUCUGUACAAUGGCCUCCGAGCCAGUCUUCUGGAUGCUUACCAAUUACCAGAAAUCAUGAGGACUCCGCUGGAGGAGCUGUGCCUGCAGAUCAAGAUAUUGCAACUUGGAGGCAUUGCUCACUUCCUGCAGAAGGCUCUGGACCCGCCCACUGAAAAGGCUGUGAAUCUGGCCAUAAAAAACCUCAAAGACCUGAAUGCUUUGGACCAUUCGGAGAACCUGACUGCGCUGGGUUUCCACUUGGCUCGACUGCCCGUGGAGCCUCACAUUGGAAAGCUCAUCUUGUUCGGAGCGCUGCUAGGCUGCCUCGACCCCGUGCUCACCAUCGCUGCCUCCCUCAGCUUCAAAGACCCUUUCUUCAUACCCCUGGGAAAAGAGGAUAUUGCAGACAAGAGGAGGAAAACGCUGUCCAGGAACUCCAAAAGUGAUCACAUUACUGUGGUCAAUGCCUUCCAGGGCUGGCAGGAAGCUAAACAGCGUGGCGGUCGGUCCGAGCGGGAGUUCUGCUGGGACAACUUCCUGUCUGCCAACACACUCCAGAUGCUGCACAACAUGAAGGGCCAGUUUGCUGAACAUCUCAUGCACGCAGGCUUUGUCAGCAGCAAGGACCCUAAAGACCCUAACUCUAAUGUCAACUCAGACAACGAGAGAUUGAUCAAAGCAGUGAUCGUCGCUGGCCUGUACCCUAAAGUAGCCAUGAUCCGACCGUCGCACAGCAAAAAAAGACCUGGGGUGAAAGUGUACACUCAGCAUGACGGGAAGGUGUGUAUCCACCCCAAGUCCGUCAACUACGAGGAGACCAACUUCAACUAUAAGUGGCUCAUCUAUCACCUCAAAAUGAGAACCAGCAACAUCUUCCUGUACGACUGCACCGAAGUCUCCCCCUUCUCUCUGCUCUUCUUUGGUGGCGACAUCACCAUCCAGAAGGAUGAGGACCAGGAGACUAUCGCUGUGGACCAGUGGAUUGUCUUUAGGUCACCGGCGCGCACUGCUCAUCUAGUCAAAAGUCUAAAACAAGAGCUGCAUUCUCUGCUGGCGGACAAGAUCCGCAGACCGGCACCUGUGGACUGGAAAAACCGCCAAUCCAAAGACUGCGCAGUCAUCACAGCCAUCAUCGACCUCAUCACCACGCAGGAGACGACGACAGCGACGACUCCGACCAUGCCGAGAGCGAGGGGCGCCGGCAGAGACCACGACAGGGCAUGGAACCCCAGAGGACAACACAUUUACUUCAAUGACGACGACAGUGACGAUGACAAUUAGUUUGGGAUGGCACCUGGGAGGAAUAAUCACAGGUUAGUAGGCCUAUUUGUUGUAAAACCACCCAACUUUUGGUAAUUUCUUGCAAACUGGACUAUAAGAAAGCAGGAUUUUUUUUUUUUUUUUUUUUUUUUUUUGCAUUCAAUUUGAAUGUGAUCACCUGGAUCGCGCAGUUUGUAAAGCACGUCAUGUAACAGCCUGAAUCUCCACAAUAUUCACCUCCAACGUUGCACUUGCAAUUUGUAAAACCGUUCAUUUAAUCUGUAAAUGUUAUAAUAUGAAAUAAAGUUGUCUUCAUUAGUGUUUGCUA